AUGCCUCCGUCGUACUAUCAGGACACCUCGUACAACAAAUCCGAGUCAGACUCAACGCCAGAGGAAAAGAAAAAAGACCCAAUGUAUCUCGCCAAACGUCAUAAGAAUAACCUAGCCGCACAAAAAUCACGGAAAAUCAGGCGACAACGAGAGGAAUCGUUAACGAAAACUGCUGAGAUGCUUCGUGCAGAAAACGACAGUCUGAAAAGUGAAAUCGUCCAGUUGCGAGAAAUGAUCACCGAUCUUCGAAAGCAGCUGAGUUCGACAUGCCAAACCCAACCGGUGCAAACGGAGCCGAUGCGAGAAACUGGCAACAUUACUCGACCGGAUGCUUACAUGCCGUACCAUUCGUUCCAGAUUGGCUUCUCCAUCAAUAGCCAAUUA